CUACGAUUUCGACAAUGUCAUUAAAGCUGGACUUCAAUCUAGAUCAUGCCGAGUAUCUCCAGCCCGUCACCUUGGAAGCCUCCGCCUCGCACACCAUGGCAGAACUUCCGCCGUGAGCCCGCAACGUUUAUAGCCCUCUGGCUGUACAGUCACCGGCCGACAUUAAUCGACAGCACUAGACGCGCAGAAGCGCAUGCCCCAGGGAGAUCAAGCCAUAAAAUACGCGUAGUCUGCAUAUCAGAUACACAUAACACGAAACCCGCAGUCCCAGAUGGCGAUAUCCUUCUCCAUGCCGGCGAUCUCAGCAAUAAAGGCACCUUUGAGGAGAUACAAGCACAAUUGUCAUGGUUGGCAUCGCUGCCUCAUCGUCACAAGGUCGUGAUUGCGGGCAAUCACGAUAGAUUACUCGAUGCUGAAUUUGUGCGCGACCAUCCCGAGCGGAUUGCUGAGAGUCCAGGUUCCUCGCGAGCAGAUCUGAAUUGGCACGAUGUUGUCUACCUUGAGAAUUCUGUCGCGAGUUUGACAUUUCCAGCAUCCACCGCCAAUCGGAAUAGCACAUCUGAGCAGAAGCUCGCAUCGAUUUAUCUUUCAGAAGAUCUUCGAGAAAACAGGACGCUCAAAAUAUAUGGCUCUCCGCAGACUCCCCUCUGUGGUACUUUCGCCUUUCAAUAUCCUCCUAUUCGGGAUGUCUGGUCUGGCAAGACCCCAUCGGAUGUUGACAUAUUUUUGAUUCAUGGUCCUCCGAAGGGCUAUCUAGAUCAGCCUGCAGCGGACGUGGAUCAUAAGGGCUGUCCGCAUCUUACGAGAGUGUUGGAACGUGUACGCCCUCGGCUUGUUGUGUUCGGACAUAUUCACUCCGGACACGGAAGACAGGAUGUGAAAUGGUCAUGGAGUGUUGAGAGAGUAUACGUGAGGAUGAUGGGAGUGGGAGAACGGGAUAGUCUGAGUACGGCAAUGAAGUGGUGGAUUGUGGUCCUGAUGCUGUUUGGAUUGAUUGGCGCUUGGGGUGAUGUGAUCAUUGGGAGGGUACUGAAGUCAAGGAGACAAGAGUAUGAGAGGAGAAGAAACACGACGGUCAUGCUCAAUGCUGCUAUAGGCGCCGAGGCUGGGGAUGAUAGGGCAGCGAUGGUCAUUGAUGUUUGAGUAGUGGCCUUGGUUAUUGCAUACUUAUCUAAACAAUGCGCUGGCA